AUGAAGAUGGUCCAGAGCCAGCAAGAGUCGAACGCUAGUACGAUGCCGUCUACGCCCGUCCACUCGGCGGCUAACACUAGCCGCGCCUCGCCUUUGACGCCGGCCGAGAGGACGGGCGCGCCGCCCGGCGCCGGCAAGGACGCUGUGAAACUUUUCAUCGGCCAAAUACCAAGGCAUCUGGAGGAGAAAGACCUCCGCCCGAUGUUCGAGGAGUUCGGGAAGAUAUAUGAGCUGACGGUGUUAAAGGAUAAACACACCGGCAUGCAUAAAGGGUGCGCGUUCCUGACAUAUUUUAAUCCAGAAAGUGCAUCAAGCGCACAAUCCGUCCUCCAUGAAAAACGGACGCUGCCCGGGAAUUUAAUGCCGACGCAAAAUUACCACUACUUCGUAUUCCGCGUGGCGCCGAGUGCUGUAAUAGGGAGCGUACCUGUGUAUGAACUAUAA